UUUGGAGACAAAUUUUGGGAAGAAUAUCAUUUCUCUUCUCAAUGACUAUCUCGAUAACUAGCAACCACUCCACCAUUUAAUCAGCCGAAACAUAGAAAUAAUUUGCAGCAAAUCGAGCAAGGAAAACAUGGGAAACAAAAACAAAUAACUACUUUUCUGGCCUCAUUAACGAUAAUUGUGGCAUCAUGUAAGUAAUACUCUAAAAUCUAUUCUAAACCCAUUAAAUGAUUCUCUCUCAAUUUCAAUCAAUCCCAAGGAUUCGUGGAAAUCCCCUUGUAAAGCUGCACUCAUAUGUGUGUAUCACCGAAAGUUGUAUUAAUUUGAAAUUCUGAAUUAUCUUUCGAAUGGCAAUGAAACAGAGGAAAGAAAAAAAAAAUGCAGUAACUAUGGAAAGACUUGAUCCCAAAGGCAAUCUGGAUGAGGAAAUCUCUCAAAUCAUAAUCUGUCAAUUUGUCUUCUCCUUUUUUUUCUGAUCGAAAUCCUUGAUACUGGUUCACUCCCUUCGGUAAAUUCAAAUUUGCUCAAGCGUCCAUAUAUAUCGCCCUCUUUCUCCGUCAGCUCCUCACAACACACAUAUUUCUCAUUUCCUCUGCCUCUUGAAAUUCUCUGAAUUUGCACUGUGUUUCUCUGUUUCUGUAACACCAUGCUGCUUAAGGCUGCCCCAGCUGUCUCUCUUUUGCACCCACCUUGCGGAGAGACUCUGGGUCCUCUGUUUUUCUCUGUUUCAUCACCGUCUUCGCGUUCAGUUUCUCCUCUGAACUACUCUUCGGCUUCUUUGCCUUCGAGUCUCCGAUUUUCUUCGGCCAAGAAAUUUAGCGGCUCUGUUAUCUGCUUGGCUUCGAAGGGUGACCUUCCGCCGGCCGGCGUCGCGUUCCAGCCCUUCGAGGAGGCCAAGAAGGAGCUCGAUCUCAUCCCCACCGACCCUCACCUCUCGCUCGCUCGCAAGAGCUACUCCGACGAGUGCGAGGCCGCGGUUAACGAGCAGAUCAAUAUCGAAUUCAGUUUCUCGUACAUUUACCAUGCCAUGUUUGCCUACUUUGAUAGAGACAACGUUGCCCUGGAGGGUCUUGCCAAGGUUUUUAAGGAUUUGAGUAAAACAGGAAGGACAAAUGCCGAGGAAUUGAUGGAAUAUCAGAACAGUCGAGGUGGAAGAGUGAAGCUGCAAUCUAUAGCGGUGCCUCCUUCUGAAUACGAUCAUUCUCAGAAGGGAGAUGCAUUGUAUGCUAUGGAGCUUGCAUUGUCUUUCGAGAAGCUUUCAUAUGAAAAGCUCCUCAACUUGAUCGGCGUUGCCAAGCGAAACCAUGAUGCGCCGUUGGCAGAUUUUGUUGAAAAUGAGUUUUUAGAUGGUCAGAUGGAAUUUAUCCAGACAUUAUCAAAAUAUGUUGCACAGCUGAGAAAAGUGGGGAAAGGAGGACAUGGAGUCUGGCACUUCGAUAAGGUGUUGUACGAUGAGUAUUAAGGAAUUGCUGCUAGAUGAUGUGUGGUUUUGUUUCAUUCAUGUUUACCACUGUGGAAACUGGUAGCUUCCUUUAGAGUUUCUGAUUGUGGUUAGAAUUUUGAGGUUAGAUGUAGAAGAAGGCUAGUAGGGACUUGAUGUUCAUCUCCUCAGUAGGGAUUCCACUGCAACAAGAAAGCUAAUAAAUA